CUGUGGAGGGCUCACAUAGGGAGAAACCUAGGCCUCUUGCCAGUAGCCAGUGCCACCCUGUUAUCUAAGCCAGAGGUCCCAAUAGAUCAGAGUCACCCACCUGCUGCCCUGGGUGUCCUCUCAGAGUCAUGGUGAAGCAAGAAAGGAAUUUAUUAUUUAGUGGCCACACCGGGAAGAAACAGGGACCUGUGUCCUAAUCCCGGUUUUGGGGUGCUGACAAAAGCUUCAGGACUAUUAUCAUGAAGGACAGAAGCAGCAGGUGGCGGGGGCAAGGAGUUUGUGUACUCAGGGAGUCUUGGUUACACUGUGGUCUGGUUCAUCUCUCUCAGGUCAGGCUCUGAGGGAUUCUGCUGGCUCCAGGGAAAUCAUCCUUCUUGCUUGAGGGAGCAGUUCAGUUCCCAUGACGAGAUGAUUGCUCCCACUUGGGGGACAACCUCAAUUCCCAUCAUGGAAUACCUGGGAGACAGCCUUCUUUUCCAUCAUGGUUAUCUUCCUGCAAGAUUUGCUAUUCCUGGAACCUUGAAAAUAUUUUAGUUGCUCUUAGCUUGGUGCCGGCAGCCUUGGCAUAGGAUGGAGAGGUUAGGUAAAUUAACCUUGCAUUACCAGUUUUUAGACAGCUACUUCUUAAGUGAUUAACAUGUCUGUGGGCAGAUUUGAGCAGGAAUCUGACCCAAAGUUCAAAGCAGCAAAGGAGACAGAUGCAGAAUGAAGGCAGAGAUGCGAGGCUUUUAUCAUGCUUUUAGUUACUUAUUGGACACCUGCAGGCCCAAGUGAAGAGUCAUUGCUUUUUAGCAAAAACAGCCUCUAAGUCCCAGCUAUAGUGCCAUUGAGUCAUCUUGGAAGUGGCUCCUCUGUCUGCCAUCAAGCCAAUGACCGCAACACUGGACAACUGAGACACAGCUACCCAGCUUCAUCAUCCCACAUUCCUGGCCCACAGAAACUGUGUGACAUUACAAAUGUCUUAUGAACUAACACGGAAGGACCGAUUGUACAAAAACAUCAUUCGAAUGCAGCACACGCACGGAUUCAAGGCUUUCCACAUCCUCCCUCAGACCUUCCUCUUGCCAGCUGAGUACGCGGAAUUCUGUAAUUCAUAUUCAAAGGACCGGGGACCUUGGAUAGUAAAACCAGUGGCCUCUUCUAGGGGGCGGGGCGUCUACCUGAUCAACAAUCCAAACCAGAUUUCCCUGGAAGAGAACAUCCUGGUCUCCCGUUACAUUAACAACCCCCUGCUCAUAGACGAUUUCAAGUUCGACGUGCGCCUCUAUGUGCUCGUGACUUCCUACGAUCCUCUGGUCAUCUAUCUCUAUGAAGAGGGGCUGGCCAGGUUUGCCACUGUGCGAUAUGACCAAGGAGCCAAGAACAUUCGGAACCAGUUCAUGCACCUGACAAACUACAGUGUGAACAAGAAGAGUGGAGACUAUGUGAGUUGUGAUGAUCCAGAAGUAGAGGAUUAUGGGAACAAAUGGAGCAUGAGUGCUAUGCUUAGAUACCUGAAACAAGAAGGCAGAGAUACAACUGCAUUGAUGGCCCAUGUGGAAGAUCUGAUCAUUAAGACUAUCAUCUCUGCUGAGCUGGCUAUUGCUACAGCUUGUAAAACCUUUGUCCCUCAUCGAAGCAGUUGUUUUGAACUAUAUGGCUUUGAUGUGCUCAUAGAUUCUACUCUGAAGCCAUGGUUGUUGGAAGUGAAUCUCUCUCCUUCUUUGGCCUGUGAUGCACCUCUGGACCUAAAAAUUAAAGCCAGCAUGAUUUCAGAUAUGUUCACUGUGGUAGGAUUUGUGUGCCAAGAUCCUGCCCAGCGGGCAACUACUCGGCCAAUUUAUCCCACCUUUGAGUCUUCCAGGAGAAACCCUUUCCAGAAGCCUCAGCGCCCAGUAUCUGCACAGUUUCAAUCAUCAUACACCAAGCAGCGCUCCCGUCCACUCUCUGCCAGUGAUGCAGAAAUGAAAAACCUUGUGGGCUCCGCCCGGGAGAAGCUGCCGGGGAAGUUAUGUGGUUCUGUGCUUGGUCUGUCAAUGGAGGAGAUUAAAGUUUUACGGAGGGUAAAGGAAGAAAAUGAUCGGAGAGGUGGAUUUAUUCGCAUAUUUCCUACAUCUGAGACAUGGGAAAUAUAUGGGUCCUACCUCGAGCACAAAACCUCCAUGAACUACAUGCUGGCAACACGCCUCUUCCAGGACAGGGGAAACCCAAGAAGAAGCUUAUUGACAGGAAGAACACGGAUGGCUAUGGAUGGAGCACCAGAACUGAAGGUAGAAAGUGUGAACUCAAAGGCCAAGCUUCAUGCUGCUCUUUACGAGAGAAAGCUCCUGUCUCUGGAGGUGCGAAAACGUAGAAGACGGAGUGGCAGAUUGAGGGCAGUGAGGCCAAAAUACCCAGUGAUUACCCAACCAGCUGAAAUGAAUGUUAAAACUGAGACAGAGAGUGAAGAGGAGGAAGAAGUGGCAUUAGACAAUGAAGAUGAAGAGCAGGAAGCUUCCCAGGAGGAGUCUGCAGGGUCUCUUGGAGAAAAUCAAGCCAAAUAUUCACCCUCAUUGACUGUUAUGGUAGAAAAUUCAUCCAAAGAAAAUUCCAUGAAGGUUCCCGAAUGGAGUAAUAAAGGUGAACAGGGCUGCAAAAUUGACACUCAGGAGCCAGAGCCGAAGUUCAACCUGAUGCAGAUUCUUCAAGAUAAUGGAAACCUAAGCAAAGUGCAGGCCCGAAUAGCAUUCUCUGCCUAUCUCCAGCAUGUUCAAGUUCGCCUGACGAAGGACAGUGGAGGUCAGACCCUCAGUGCCAGUUGGGCUGCCAAAGAGGAUGAACAGAUGGAGUUGGUUGUUCGUUUCCUUAAACGAGCAUCAAGUAACCUGCAGCAUUCACUGAGGAUGGUAUUACCUAGUCGACGAUUGGCACUUCUAGAGCGGAGAAGAAUCCUCGCCCACCAACUAGGUGACUUUAUCAUUGUGUACAACAAGGAAACAGAACAAAUGGCUGAAAAGAAAUCAAAGAAGAAACUUGAAGAAGAGGAGGAAGAUGGGGUGAAUACAGAAAACUUUCAGGAUUUCAUCAGACGAGCAAGUGAGGCUGAAUUGGAGGAGGUAUUGACUUUUUAUACCCAAAAAAACAAGUCUGCAAGUGUCUUCCUGGGGACCCACACUAAAACUUCUAAGAACAGCAGCAGUUAUUCAGAUAGUGGGGCAAAAGGUGAUCACCCUGAGACAAUACAAGAAGUGAAAAUAAAGCAACCCAAACAGCAACAGGCAACAGAAAUUCACUCUGAUAAAUUAUCUCGAUUUACCACUUCAGCAGAAAAAGAGGCUAAAUUAGUCUAUACCAAUUGUACCUCUACUUCUUUCUCUGGUCCUGCUGCUACUCUUCUGCAGAAAAUUCCCAACACCCAUCUGUCAUCUAUUAUGACAACCUCUGCCCUCUCGCCAGGGCCUGGCCACCAUUCUGCUUUAUCUCACAUUCCUCAAGCCAUCCCCACCAUGCCUCAUCAGCCAGCAAUUUUACUGAGCCCAGUCCCUGACAAUGCUUCUUCCUCCAUACAUCCUGGGACACAGAACAUACCAAGCCCCGCUGGCCUGCCACGCUGUCGAUCAGGCAGUUACACCAUUGGCCCCUUUUCCUCUUUCCAAAGCGCUGCACACAUCUAUAGCCAGAAACUGUCUCGUCCCUCCUCAGCAAAGGCAGCAGGUUCAUGCCAUCCAAACAAGCAUCAUUCAGGAGUAGCCAAAAUGCAGAAAGAGGGAGAAGAUGGUUCUUCAUAUGGCAAACGGUACAGCCAAAGUAUGGUUACAGCUGAACUUCAGCGACUUGCUGAAAAGCAGGCAGCAAGGCAGUAUUCUCCAGCCAGCCACAUCAGUCUCCUCACGCAACAGGUAACAAACCUGAAUUUGGCAAGUGGUGUCAUAAACAGAAGCAGUGCUUCAACUCCCCCCAGCCUCCGACCUGUCCUCAGUCCUACUGGUCCAACAUGGUCCAUACAGUCAGACCCCCACGCUACAGAGAACCACUCCAGUCCUCCUGGAAGCAGGAGCCUCCAAACAGGUGGCUUUGCCUGGGAGGGCGAGGUGGAGAACAACGCGUAUAGCAAGGCUACCGGGGUGGCUCCCCAACACAAGUACCACCCCACAGCAGGCAGCUACCAGCUGCAUUUUGCUCUCCAGCAACUGGAACAACAGAAACUUCAGUCCCGGCAGCUUCUGGACCAGAGUCGAGCCCGGCACCAGGCGAUCUUUGGCAGCCAGACACUACCUAACUCCAAUUUAUGGACAAUGAAUAAUGGUGCAGGCUGCAGAAUUUCAAGUGCCACAGCUAGUGGCCAGAAGCCAACCACUCUGCCACAAAAAGUGGUGCCAUCUCCAAGUUCUUCCUCCUCCCUGGUCCCCAAACCCCCAUCUAAUCAUAAACAAGUGCUCAGAAAGGCCACAUCCCAGAGGGCUUCAAAAGGGGCCUCCGCAGAAGGGCAGCUGAACGGACUCCAGAGCAGCCUUAACUCUGCAGCCUUUAUGCCCAUCACCAGCUCCACAGGAUCUUUGGAAGCUCCCCAAGUUAUUUUCGCCAGAUCCAAACCCUUGCCCACACAAUCUGGAGCCCUUGCUACAGGUAUAGGACAGAGAAAAACAAAGUCGGUGAAGUCAGGGCCAAUUUAAGAUCCUGCUCACACUAACAGAUGAACCGCGAACGCACAGAGGAAGAACCUGUCCACUGCUCCUGGGCGCGUGACUGAGGGUGAAGCAUCCGCCAGUGCUGCCAAGGGUCCGUGGUAUUUUUUUUGCUGCCUCAGAGUCCCCAAGGCCUUCAAGCAGAAGUGGCAGUAGAUGGUUGCCAUCUCCAAGCGAGACACUGACUGGGACAACAGGAGAACAGAACCUCUGGGUUUGGGUGGAACUUGGCAGUGGGGACGUUCAGCUGAGGCCUUCUCUACUCAUCCGAGCACACGUGUGUCUUCACCUUCCCUCACCCCCGCCCCAGCCGGCUCAGGUCUCCUCUGUCCCUUUCCUGCUGCCACACAGAGAUGAUAUAAAAGAGGCUCUUUGGCUAUUCGCAUCUUGCUUCCUCUUCUUUUCCAGUAUUGAGCUCUGUUUGCUUUGUUCAAGCUUAAAGCCCCAAUAGCAGUACCUACCAGAACUGUUCUGCCCUUUCAGGGUCCUGGGGAAGGGAGCGCACAUCACCCGUUUCCCAGAGCGUGGAGGCAGGUUGGCCCGCGCUGACAUGAGCCAGGGUAAAGGCACCCUUUGGAAUUACUGAUUUCUAAGAUUAAUAAAGUAAUUCUAUUUUUUUUCUUUUCUUUUUUUUUAUUUAAUAAUUCCCAACAAUCAGUAUUCACAAUCAAGACUGAAAUAGAACCAACUUUUCAUUUUAUUCCAUUGCUGGACAAUUUUUUCAAUUUGUUAGAAACGGAAGCUUUCAAGAACUGUGUUUCAGCAGAUGAUGGAUCAGGCUGUUCCCCCAGGGCAGCACCUGGGAAGCCCUGUGUACAGAUUCUCCACAGCCAGGCUGCAGCUGGAGGCUGGCCCCUGUGGUCCUCUAGUGGCAUGUGACUCUGUCCCGUUGCCCUUCACCUCCCUCAAAGUUCAUGUGGACAGAGCAGCUCUGCCUGGACCACGCGGCACUUGGCCCUCUGCUGUCCUUCCCUAGGUCCUCACUCUGGCUUCUGCUGGAGAAAAGGCUGAGAGCCAGGCCACAGGCUUGACCUAGCUGUCCUGGAGAGUCACUCAGGGAGAAUCCAGUAUCUGGGCCUUCUACAGCAAGGUCCUAUAAGCUCAGCAUUGGAAUCCAAAGAGAAAGCGACAUACAGAGAUUAAAAGGGGCUUUACUGCCUUCCCGGAGACUGAAAAAAAAAGGUUUGGGCACAUAGAAGCACUGUGCCUGUGCAGAUUGAGGUCUCAUUCCAUGUUCCCAGGACUCCUGGAUCCUGGUUUGAGAACCAUCAUAACUCUGUUCACUGGUUUGGGAGUUGGUUAAGAGACAAAUUAGAAUUCCUCCCUCCAUAAUCUCCUGCUGAUAUCUAGAGUUGGGAAAUAAGGGAUUUGGAGAAACUCACCAAAUGAAUCUUGUGGAAAGGGGUAAGAGGGUAUGAGUCUAAUAAAAGAACUUUGAAAGCAA